AUGCGGCAAGAAGGUCAAGAAGAAGAAGAUGAUGGCGAUGAAAAUGUAUUUGACGAUACACCAGAUAAUUUUGUUUUAUGUGCUUUACAUCAAGCUAAAAUAUUACGCGCACGAUGGAAAUUUUGGUCUGGUUCAGUUCCGGCUAAUGUUAGUGUUCGUUUGCAUCGAUUGGAAUCACGUUUAUCAAUCAAGGAAGAAAGUCAACAACGACGAUCGACAUCAACAACUAUUGAACCGAGUUUAGAACCGUUAAAAAACCAUUCAAUGGAUAUUUCAUCGAAUGCAUUGCCUAUUCCUCUACGUCGAUUAUCAAAAAUGAAUUCAUCUGAACCUUUUCUUGCGGAAAAAAAAGAUUCUAUAUCCAUUGAUCAAUAUUUCAGUGAGAGAAUUGAACCGAAACACAAUAUCAUCUUACAAGGGCCCGAUAUUCGACGAAUUAGUGUACGAAAACGCCGCUCUCAUUUUUGGUGUUGUCAUUAG